UUUUUUUUUUUUUUUUUUUUUUUCCUAUUGUAGAAGAACACAAUGAAAAUUUAGUUCUGCGCUCUCCUACAUAAAAACCGGAAAUUAGUCACCUAUACAUAAUAUGGAAAAAUCCAUGUUAAAUACGCAGCAGCCAUAUGUUUAUUUAACUCGAUCAGAAUUUGUAAGUUGUUCACAUCGCCUGCAUAGUUGCCUACUUUCGGAAGAAGAAAAUCUUAAAAUUUAUGGGAAAUGUAAUAAUAAAAAUGGCCACGGCCACAAUUAUAAAAUUAAGGUUACUCUUUAUGGACCAAUAAAGGAAGAAACAGGAAUGGUUAUGAAUCUAACCACAUUAAGGGAUUAUAUGAAAGUAUGUGUAGUUGAUGCUCUUGAUCACAAAAAUCUUGAUAUGGAUGUGCCUUGGUUUAAGAAUAAAGUAUCAACUGCAGAAAAUCUUGUUGUGUUUAUCUGGAAUAGUCUAAAAUUGGUUAUGGAUGAACCGCAACUUCUGUAUGAAGUUAAAGUUCAAGAAACAGAUAAAAAUGUAGCUUUCUACAGAGGUAGAAAUUCCUAUUUAAAUUGAACAAGUUUAGUAACUAGACUUUUUAUUGGUAAAAAAUUAAGCAAGCCUUGAACUAUGCUUGUAUUCUUAAUAGCUACAUGCUUGCAAUUUAAUAUUGCAUUGUAUUUAUUAUUCAUAAAUAUACAUUUAUUUUCACAUCAA